CUUUGGGUUGGGCGGGCACUUUUCGCUUUGUGCAGUUUCAGGGCUUUGCAGACCAGGACAUUCCUGGCUGGGUUCCAGGCUGGUCAUUGCAGGGGCGAUCCCUCCUGGGAGGGACAGUCAGCUCUGUCCGCUGUCCAUGCCUCUGUGCAGGUGGAUCUGUGGGCAAGGCUUGGCUGCCUCUGCCCUGGGAGUGAGCCCAGCGCUGGGAGGCAGUGCAGGGCUGCCGGGGCGGGCGCUGAGCUCGUUCCCAGCUCCUCCUGAUACGGAGCGAUCCGCAGAGCUCCGCUCUGGGCUGUUCCUGCCUCUCCCCUGCGAGGCUCUGUCGCAGCCCAAGAUCUCCCCUGGCUUUGGGUGCUGAAGCGACCCAGCAGCAAGUUCUCCUCCCAAAAUGAUGGAAAAUAAAGUGUUCCUGUCGUUCACGUUCUACAGCACGAUUCUGAUUUUAAAAAUGUAUGUCGUUGCCAUCAUUACUGGCCAAGUGAGACUCAGAAAGAAGGCAUUUGCAAACCCAGAGGACGCCCUGCGCAAUGGGGGGCUGCAGUUCUACCGCCAGGACCCUGACGUGGAGCGGUGCCUCAGGGCCCACCGCAACGACAUGGAGAACAUCUUUCCCUUCCUCUUCCUCGGAGCCAUCUACUCCCUGCUGGAUCCCAGUCCCACGGUGGCCAGGAUCCACUUCCUCAUCUUCUGUGUGGGAAGGAUCGUGCACACCAUUGCCUACCUGCUGCAGCUGAGGGCUCCCACCCGCUCCGUGGCCUACGGCGUGGCCCAGCUGCCCUGCUUCUCCAUGGCCCUGCAGAUCCUGCUGGCCACCACCCCACACUGGUAACAGCCAGGGAGGGCCAGCACCCAAAGCAAACCCCUCAUCCUGACUCUGCUGGGCCCCACGGGGAGGGAGAGAGUGAGAGAGAGUGAGAGUGUGUGUGUGUGAGAUGUCAGCAGGGAGGUCACCUGCACCCUGAGGAUGUUCAGUGCAGCCUUGAUGCCAUCAGGAUUUGUCAGAGGAGGCACCAGAGAGCAGGGACGUGCAGGAAGGGAGUUUUCUCUCUCUCCUGCUGAGGAUGAGAGGUGGAAAGCACAUGGACUACUCCUUGAGGAAUGGGGUCAUUGAAGGGAAGGUUUUCUGAGUUUGGAACUGUGACUGUGACCUUUUCCUCCUGGUCAUGGAUAUCCCAUGAAUCAGACAGGGAUCCCACAAAGGGAUCCCAUGAAUCAUGAGGGUCCCACAAAGUGUCUUAGUCAGCAGAUGUGCUUGGUAGCAGAGGUUAUAAAGCAGCCUCCCUUCUCCUGCCCAGCCACGUGCAUCUCUGGGAAUGUCAGUCCCUAAGCAUUUAGUCCCUUAGGUUCCCUCUCCACCAAGGAGCACAGGAGGCUGGUGCCUUCCAGGCAGGCUGACAGGGAAGCCAGCACCCCAGGGGUGAUGUUGUGAAGCCAUUGGAGCAUUCGGUGCUCCCAGUGCCACCUCGUGUCACACCACAGCCCACAGCUCCCUGCCAGGAGCCCCACUGCAGCAGGACCUGGAGCUCCUGGCAGCUCCCAGCCAGCACAGCUGAGGCUUUUCCAUCUCAGCCUCACCACAGCAGGAUGCACAGUGACAUGCCUGGAGAAGCCAGCAGGAAUCCUUUACCCUGGACACACAGCCUGAACACAUUUGCUGGACACAAAGUUCUGGGGCUUCUGGAAUGUCUGAAAUCUGGCACAGAACAGGGGCUUUGCAGACAGGGUUUUCUCCCAAAGGGCAGUCUAGUCCACAUGCCACUAAUACCUGAAAAUGCCCCAGAGCAUCAGACUGAGUUUCUCCCCGCUGUUUGUAGCCUUUCUCUUGCCGUUGCUAUUUUGGAAAUGUGCCCUGAUUGCCUCGGGGGAGUUUUCUUUCAGCUGUUUCCUGCUGUCCACUGCUGCCACUCACAGCCUGGAGCAGCUGGUGUUUGCAGAAAGCUCUGGAAAUGAGCAGAGGAGCUUUGAAAGGAGCAUUGCUGCUCUGCAGGGUCACCCAGAAGUGUUGGGGAGGAGAGGCUGGGACCAGGUACAGGCAUGGUGACAAGGGUGACAAGGGCCCAUGGGCUGCUCUGCCACACAGCUGUCCCAGGUGCCAGCAGCAGCAGAAAUGGAGCAUCCCUCUGGAGGAGGAGGAGGAGGAAACCUCUGCUGUUCAGUGCCUCCUCCCUCCUCUGAGGGCAGCACAGAGUCUGAAUAGCACAGGGGAAAAGCCAGAAUGAGUAGAAAAUAAAUUCCCCUCCUACCUGUCCCAUGCACUAAGGCUGAAAUUCCCCUCCCACCUGUCCUGUGCACUGAAUCUGCUCCCUUGACUCUGCUCUGCUCAGAGAUCUCUCGCUGAGCCCUCACUGAGCACUGGGGACACACGUGCCCAGACUGGGGACACACCUGCUCACACUGAUGCUCAGCCUUUGCUCAGCUCAGGUGAAGGUUUCUGUACCAGUAGCUCCACCCCAGAGCAGUUGUGGCCUCGGGCUGAGCUGUGUGGUGAAGGUUGGGGUGGAAUUCUUUGCUCUCCCGCUGCGAGGAAGGUGGGCAGGAUUGCAGAUUCAGCACUUCACUCUUGGACACUUCUCCUUCCCACAGAUGUCUGGGUGACACAGACCCCUCUUAACAAAUCUUUUCUGCCUCACGUGGUGCACAAGGUCUUGCACUGCUGUAUGCUUCUCUGCUGCUGCACAUGCAUCCUGGUGGCAGGAAGCAAAUAUUCCCAAUAAAAACAAAUCAUUGUGCUCUGAUACAUCCUUCCUUGGGGAGCAGCAGAUGCAGCUGGGCAGCAGCUGGGUCCAGCCCCAGCAGGAUGGAUCUCAGCAGGAUGCUAAACCCCACUGCAGAGCCUGGAGUGUCCUGGGACUUCUAGAGACAUCCCCCCUGUCCUCUGCACUCACCUGCCCUGCAGAGGAACCUCUUUUCCAGGUGUGCAUUAUUUAAGCUGAUGCUUUAAAUCCAGCAGAGCUGGGAAUUACAAGCAGCUGUGCUCAUUUUUCCUUCCCUGAGUCGAAAAUUGUUACAAAGCUUGGUGUUCACCCAAAAAUCCUGGAGGGCUGGAGAAGCUCAGGUAAGAGGUAGUUGCUCUUCCUUCUGUUCUUAGGACUCAUAAAGGAGCUGCUUAUGUUUUCUUUUGCACUAGGUUGCUGGGAAACAAAUGCUUAAUUUCCCUGAUUUUCCCGUAUUUUCUAAAGUUGGUGGUGAUUGGGAGGUGCUGCCCACUGGGUUGCUGGGAAACAAAUGCUUCAUUUCUCUGGUUUUCCCCUAUUUUUUUAAAGUUGUUGAUGGUUGGGAGGUGCUGCCCUGUCAGUGUCUGUGUUAGUUUCAUAAAAUGGCUCCACUUGGUUGUUUUC